AGUCCUGAAAAUGAUCCUUCUGACGGACCUGAAGCUUCCAAGGAUGCAGCCAGUCCAACUUGUGAUUCCGUUGCCUCGCACUUGAUGACCGAUCCUCUUGAAGGAGAGCCUGGGACUGAGGAUGACGUCGUUGAUAAGGUAUGCCGGUGAACAGAAUUAUGUCCAGGUUGUUGUGGAUCACCUUUGAGCUGGUUCACAUUUUGACGAGAGUUGAUGAGGGUUUGUGGCCAUUUGAUCAGUAAUAUUCAGUCAAAUCUCAUCAACUCUCAUGCAACUCUUGUUCUUGUUUGUCCAGGGCAUUAAGCUCCGGUCAUCAACUCUCAUUGACUUUGAACUAGUCAUCAUUGACUUUGAACUGGUUCAAAUUUUAAUGAGAGUUGAUAAGAGUUUUCGCUAUCGCGCGGUAAUAUUCAAUCAGCUUUCAUCAACUCUCAUGCAAACUCUGGCUUCUCAACUCUCAUCAACUCUCAUGCAACUCUUGUUCUCGUUUGACCGAGGCAUGAGAGUUGAGAACGCUCUCAUGAUGCUUCUCAACUCUCAUGCAACUCUUGUUCUCAUUUGACCGAGGCAUGAGAGUUGAGAAAGCUCUCAUGAUGGAAACUCACUCUCAUGCAACUCUUGUUCUCGUUUGACCGAGGCAUGAGAGUUGAGAAAGCUCUCGUGAUGCUAACUCUCGCUUGUCAACUCUCAUCAACUCUCAUUCCCGUUUGACCAGGGCUUUAGUCAUUUUCAGGUGCUUCAGACACCAACCACAGCAGUUUAGCUUUAGAGCUAAACUCCACUUGUCAUUGGCGUGCACUUGUCAUUCACGUUGACCUCUGUUUGCAAUUUCCCCCAACAGGAAAGUCGUGCAAGCAGCAUUACGACAGAGGAAGACAGUCAACUAGAACAUGGCACAUCAACUGAAACCAUCGACCAGGAAGAAUCUGUAGAAACCAACCAUGCCGAUAUAGCUUCGUCUGAAUCUUCAGUAACGCAGGAAGAAUAUGUGAGCACCAAGGGUGUCAGGUUUACACCACCUGAGGCUCAUAAAGAAGGUUUGUGCUGAUGCAAAUAUAUUUUCAUGAUGGGUUGGUUGUCACGAUGAUAGUGAUGGUAAUGUUAGCAGUGGUGAUGAUAAUGAUGGUAGUGAUUAUGGUGGUGAUGAUGGUGUGGUGGUGGUGGUGAUGGUGGCUGAUGGUUAUAGUGGGUUGAUGGUCAUGAUAAUAUGUAGUUGUGGUAGUGACUGAUGGUGGUGAUGAUUUAUAUGGUUGUGAUUGUGGUGGUAGUGGUGUUAGUCCUAGUGUUGGUAGUGAUCGUUCUGCUUAUGAUGAAGGUCAUGCUGAUGAUGGUAGGUAUGGUGAUGAUGAUAUGUAUGUAGUUGUGGUAGUGACUGAUGAUGGUGAUGAUUAUGGUUGUGAUUGUGGUGGUAGUGGUGGUAGUCAUAGUGUUGGUAGUGAUCAUUCUGCUUAUGAUGGUGGUCAUGCUGAUGCUGGUAGUUAUGGUGAUGGUGGUCAUGCUGAUGAUGGUAGGUAUGGUGAUGAUGAUAUGUAUGUAGUUGUAGUGACUGAUGAUGAUUUAUAUGGUUGUGAUUGUGUUGGUAGUGAUCCUUCUGCUUAUGAUGGUGGUUAUGCUGAUGUUGGUAGUUAUGGUGAUGAUGGUAACAUGAUGGUGGUUGUGAUAAUGUUGAUCAUUUCGUAUUUAUAUGAAUGUAAAAAACAUAAAUAAGGCCUAUAUACAAUCAGAUAAGGAAAUAACAUAUUACCUUCGCUAUCUGAUCCUCGUUCAGAAAAUUGACUAAAAAUUUAAAGCCACAUAUAGAUUUGAAUCGUAUUGUCACUCUAAUGACUCGAGUGCUUGAAAAUUCUCAUAUUUAUUAUACCUUAUAUAUCUCUAUAUUUGUAAUUUCAGGUCAUGGUCCUCUUGUUCCGUAUGGUUUACCUUGCGUACGGGAAUUACUCAGAUUUCUCAUCUCUCUGAUUAACCCACACGACAGGUAAUUCGCCUUUCUCAACCCAACUUUUUAAGUAAUGAUCAUAAUUACUAUGUCACAGACGCUACUUUAAAAGCGAAAUGAAAUUUUUGUCACAAAAUAUGUGGUUUUACUUAAUUCCAUAUCCUACAUAAACCAAUAUACAAAACUGCCCAGUUCUGCCUAUGAAUUCGAUUCUUUUAUUAUUUUCAUGCAGACAUAAUUCUGAGCCAAUGAUCCAUAUUGGAUUAUCAUUACUAACCGUAGCUCUGGAAUCAGGAGCGGCCCAUAUUGGAGCUUUUCCAUCCCUCAUGAAUCUCGUCAGCGAUGAAAUGUGCAAAAACCUGUUUAUGGUAAGAUUAUUGCGAAAAAUAUAUAUAUUGUCAAGUAAACUUAGCUUAGUUUAGGUUCCUCCUGUAGUAACACUGGAUCAAUAAGAGAUGAUCCUUACUGGACCUCUAGGAAGAACAGUUCAGAACUGAUAGAGCUAUCCAGUAUAAAGAAAGUUAGUUUAGUUUAGUUUAGUAGUAAAACCAUAAAAUAACUGGAUAGGAAACGUCCUGACGUCACAGUCUAAACCUAGUUGCAAUCUGUGACGUCACGUGUAUUGCCAAAGUUCUCAGCAUUUUUGUUGUUUCGCUAUAUUUUCCGCUUUAAAAGAGUAAUAUUGAAGCAUAAACUGGUCUAAUUGUUUUAUAAACUGGUCUAAGCCACGACAAAGUAUUCAAGGUAAAUGUUUUUCGUCUUUGUUUUGUAUUUUUCUACAUUUGCAGCUACGAAAUUGGCGGCGCCAAUUUUAACGAAAUUUGCGAUGCAUUUUUCACUGUUUAGUGCUUGAAAUAUUUGCUAAAAUUGACCGGAAAUACUUAGAGAUUUCAUCGUAGAAUGGCCUAGUUAUAUUUAUUUACUCUUUGACUAAAAUGUUUAGCUGUAUAUUAUCGCUAAACAUGCCGUUUUUGAGAAUUUGGUUUGCAACUAGGUUUCAACGCCAUCAUCCCAUUGAAAACAUUAGGUCACGUCAGCUAGUUUCCUAUCCAUGUAUUUUAUUAUCCAUGGUAAAACUGAACAAAUAAGGGAUGAAAAGUAAACAAAGUUGAUUCCAACAAGUUUACAAUCUGCAUGUAUAUUGAUAUAUGUUGUUUCUUUCGCUAGCUUCUGCAGUGCGACGUACAUUCGUUAUUCGCGAUGGCCUUGAGAGUUUGUUUUCUGUUGUUUGAAGCACUUAGAGGACAUCUGAAAUUACAGCUCGAGGUAAGUUUUAACACCAACCAUGCCAGCUAUUUUCCAACUAUGAGAUCUCAUCUAGCCAAGUUCGGCUCGUUUCUCAUAUGAACACAAACUUACCUUAGUUGUCGAGCACUUGUAUCAUGAGCCUCUGGUGAAUUGGGUAACCACAGCUUUGUGUAGUCGAAAUUGAAGAAUUUGCUAUUUACAGUAUAAAUGAUAAAACAUUUUUACAUCGUGACUUUUUAAUUUUAUUUAGUCUUAUUUCAAACGUCUUUUGGAAAUCUUAUCAUUGGACCAACAAGUGCUGCUCUUUGAAAAGCGAGAAUUAAUCCUGGAUAAUAUCAAUCAGUUGUUUCACAUCCCUGACUUGGUUUCCGAACUUUACGUCAAUUACGAUUGCGAUCUGUACUGUGUUAAUUUAUUUGAAGAAUUGUGUAAGGCCCUUUCAAAAGUAAGUGGGGAAAGAGUACAUAUACGUUCAUUUAACCGUUUCUGUGCAUGAUCGUAUUUUAAUAUAUGAUGGAGUCAAUAAACGCCACGUGGAAUUUGCUUUGUAUUUUAUCCCCCCCCUCUAUAUCUUGUAUUUUCUAUAACAUUCUAUUCUAUUGAUCAAAUCUCAAGCUGUCAAUUCAAGAACUGAGUUAUAUUUCCUAUUGCAAAAAUUGACUUUCUCAUGCCCAAUUGCUCAAAAGGUUUCCCCCAGUGGCUCGGUCCCAAGGAUCGCAAGCUCGGGGAACGAGACUGCUCGGUCCCCCGUCGCAACUCGGUCCCAAACCUGUUCUGGCUAAGGCGAGACUUUUUUUAUUUAUUGGUUUACGGAUUUUACUUGAAAAAAAAAACAGAUCGGUAGGUCGGAAAAAAAAUUAAAAAAGCAUUGUUUUUCAAGAUUGUCACCACGAUAACAUCAGCCAGUAGUACUUAGAGUCAAAGUUUACUUCGCGUGUACUUCAUGUCAGAACCCCCAAAUUACUCUAAAGUUAACUAUUUUAGUUGAAAUUGUUGACAUCCAAAUUUUUUUUAUUUUUCACUUUCUGAAUAUUUACGGUCGGCGGAUCCGUAAACCAAUGAAUAAAAAAAAGUCUCGCCUAACUGCGAAUUAUUACCUGCAAAAAGAAUAGAUGACAGACAUGCUUAUUUAUUUAGUGUGUUUAAUGGUAAUAUAGUAAUAGUUUUGCCAAGUUUUGAAAGUAUUCAUCUCGUGUUUUAGAAUGCAUUUCCAGCAGGAAGUCUGACAACUGCAAAUGUUCCAGCCCUGGAUGCCUUACUGCAAGUCGUUCAUGUCAUUGAGGCUCAUUGUCAUCCAACGAUACCAGUGCCGAAGCCUGUCAAAAUCAAGGUUAAUCAUAAAACAGGUAUGGUAUUGUUAGUGGUGUCUGUGAUGGUCUUGAUAGCGAUGGUAUAGUUAGGGGGGGGGGAGUAUGGUAGUGAUGAUGGUGGUGACAUGGUGGUGAAUAUGGUAAUGAUGAUGGUGGCGAUGGUUAUGGUAGUGCUGAUGGUGCUAGUGAUGAUGGUGGUGACUAUAUAUGGUGGUGAAUAUUGUGGUCAUGGAUUGAUGGUGAUAUGAUCUGGUGACGGUUUUGUUGAUGGUGCUAGUGUUGAUGGUGGUGACUAUAUAUGGUGGUGAAUAUUGUGGUCGUGGAUUGAUGGUGAUAUGAUCUGGUGAUGGUAGUGUUGAUGGUGCUAGUGUUGAUGGUGGUGACUAUAUAUGGUGGUGAAUAUUGUGGUAAUGGACUGAUGGUGAUAUGAUCUGGUGAUGGUAGUGUUGAUGGUGCUAGUGAUGAUGGUGGUGACUAUAUAUGGUGAUGAAUAUAUAUGGUGAUGAAUAUUGUGGUAAUGGAUUGAUGGUGAUAUGUUCUGGUGAUGGUAGUGUUGAUGGUUUAGUGAUGAUGGUGAUUAAUAUAUAUGGUGGUGAAUAUUGUGGUGAUGGACUGAUGGUGAUAUAAUCUGGUGAUGGUAGUGUUGAUGGUGCUAGUGACUACGGUGGUGAAUAAUGUGGGACAUAACAUUGUUCUUUAAGUCGAAGUCAAAACACAAAAUUUAGGGCUCACUGACUUGACUUGCUAUUCCUCGUUGGACGUUGGUUAUACAUGUAUAGCAGUGGCCAUAGUGAUAUUUCGUAACACGACACAACUACAUGACAUCUUCUCCCACAGGUGACGAUGACUCUGGUACAGAUGAAAACGGUGACACUCCACCCUUCUCGCCAACCCCACCGCCCUCCUCCGGCUUUCUGAUGGCAAAGAAAAUGAAGAUCGGAUGCAGUAGUGAGCCACCUUCACAAAGCAAUGAUCCUAGCUUUGAUCAAGACGACGGUCUUACCCAUUCCUCAGCGUUGGCAGUCAUGUUCGCAUCUUCUGUCCCAACCCCUGAUGAUUUGGCCCAGCUUAAGAAAAAGAAAAAGGUGCGUGGAAAUGUGGACAUAAAUAUUGUUGUUUGACGUGUUUUCGCUUACUACUCUGGUUUUACAGUCAAAAUACAAGGACCUUCCUUCCCACCUCCGCUUGCAGGGCUUUCGAAAUUAUUCUGAGUACGUGGCUAUGUUGAUAAAGUAGGCAACUCUGUGGGGAGCGAUCUAGGGAGUCUUAAGCCCUGGGCAAACUAGGAAACAUUGUUAAUGGAAACAUUGUUUUCUGCCAAUGUUUCGCCAAGUUUCCCGGAGUGGGCAAACACUAGGAAACAUUAGUGAGAAACAUAGGGAAACAUCGAAUGUUUCUGAAUUUGCUAAGAAACAUUUUUGCUUCUCGGGAAGCAAAUUUUGUUUCCGCAACAAUGUUUUCACGGGUGGGCACAUUUGAGGAAACAUCGAGAAUCACAAAUGUUUCCACAACAAUGUUUCCUAGCUUGCCCAGGGCUUUAAAGUCGUCCAAUUUAGCUAGUGUAUAUUGAUUAGAUAGCAACACAACUUAUAACCAAAAUUGUAAUGUAUCACUACUUUCAUUCUUCAACAAGAUAACUUGAAGAUUUAACGUCGUUGUCGAAAAUAACCAGGCUAUAAUGUAGAGCAAGUUGAGGAAAAAUAACUUUGUUUGAAAGCUUAGAAUGGAGGAAGGAGAGCAGAAUUGAUAUUUCAAGUACUGAACAAAGUGACUGCUUGUAAACCUCGUGGCACCCUGUGAUUUCAUUGAGUUCUAUUUCAUUUAGUUGUUGCAGACAGGUUCCGAACAAUUUAAUACAAAGGCAAAGAAAGGUUUAGAGUUCCUUCAAGAACAUGGAUUUCUUACGAAACCUGUGCAUCCGGAGGAACUCGCUAAUCAUCUUCGAGAGAAUAUACGACUGGACAAGAAAGCGAUAGGAGAUUAUAUCGGAGAUAGAAAGAAUACUAAAGUACUGGAGGCUUUUGUAAGGUAAGUGUUGGUUGUGGUAUGGUAUCACUAUGGUAUGGUAUGGUGUGUGGUGUGGUGUGGUGUGGUAUGGUGUGGUAUGGUAUGGUAUGGUGUGGUGUGGUAUGGUAUGGUAUGGUAUGGUGUGGUGUGGUGUGGUAUGGUAUGGUAUGGUAUGGUAUGGUGUGGU